AGAUUCAGUAUAUUUUCAACCGUACGGCAUGCUCUAUUCCUUUCAUCCGUACCUCAAAUACUUUGCCCUUCUGGGGCUUGUGCCUUGGUCAGAGAGUUGUGCCCAUUCUAAGCUCGUACAGAAAGUGUACUCAGCGUUCCUAAUAAUUUUAAAUGCAGUUGAUUUUGGGAUUUCCAUUUAUUUUCCUCAGAAUGCGGAACUAUUUCUCUCUCUUAUGGUCAACGUGAUUGUUUUCGUAGAUAAGAUUGUGUGUGUUACUGUAAUUAUACUGCAGGUGAUGGUUCACUAUGAUGACUACUUUAGGUUCUGCAGGGAGAUAAACUACUUGGGACUUCGAUUGCAGUGCGAACUUAAGAUACAUGUAGGGCGGUUAAAUUGGCAGUCGUAUGCUAAAAUUCUAGUACUCGGUAUUGGAUUAUUGGUGACGGUGUUGCCCUCCAUCUAUGUUGCUCUAAGCGGUAGCCUUCUCUACUUUUGGUCCUCCCUCCUGUCAAUCCUUAUUAUAAGGAUGCAAUUCGUAUUGGUUCUUUUGUACGUAGAAUUGCUGGGUCACCGUCUGUUGGGCACAAGACUUCAAAAAGUACUAGAGUGUCAUACUAUCGGCGCCAACUGCACUUUUGACGGCAAUGCCAAUCGGCUUUGUUCCCUGGAGUUUCUGUUAGCACUUAAGCAGAGCCAUAUGGAACUGCAUCAUCUGUUCACCCACUUCAACGAUCUUUUUGUCUGGUCCAUACUUGGUAACUACGUGGUUCUGUUUUCAGAUAGUACCGUCAAUAUUUACUGGACCCAGCAGGUUCUGGCUGAGGUUUAUGAAUACAAAUACCUUUAUGCAACAUUUUCCGUUUUUGUACCGUCAUUCUUCAACAUCUUAGUGUUUUGCCGUUGUGGAGAGUUUUGCCAACGACAGAGUGUAUUGAUUGGAAGUUAUUUAAGGAACUUGUCCUGCAAUCACUCGCUCGGAAGAGAAACUUCUUAUAAAGAUCUGCUGACGGAGUGUAUCUUGCAAGUGGAACAAAAUGUAUUGGCUAUCAAUGCUGAGGGCUUUAUGAGCACUGAUAAUUCGCUUCUAAUGUCGAUUUUGGUUACCUAUUUAAUCGUGCUUAUGCAAUUCAGUUCAGUGUAGGAAUUGCCUAACGCUUUUCUCUUAUGUAAACAAGACUACGAGAAUGUAUGAAACAACAUAUAACACUGCAUAAAAUUA